AUGUCCCUGGUUCUCCUGGCGACAGUCCUUUGCAUGCCUACCAAAAGCAAGUUCUUUGAUUAUAGUAGCAUAAGCUCUCCUCAUCAACCACCAUCAUCAAGUCUUCGGAGCCCAGAGGAGAGGAUUAAUGUGUGGCAAUGGAUGUCGGUAUCGUGGAUGGGACCUCUAAUGGCGAGAGGCUCGACGCGUCAGUUGGAAGAAAAAGAUGUUUGGGCUUUGCCGUUCGACUUCCAGCACGAGAGACUACACUCACUUUUCCGAGAGCUAAAAGGAACAGUUGUUGGAAGGCUGUUGCAGGCCAAUGCUCCUGAUUUGUUCAUAAUCACUGUGCUCGGAACACUCGAAACCGUCAUUGAACUCUCGACCAUCGUUUUAUUCAAGCAAUUUUUGGCAUCUAUUUCGCGCGAGAACCCCUCUCGUAGAGCAGCUAUGGUAUAUACAAUCAUGGUUGCCAUAUUGCGUCUAGUCAAGACUCAAUCGGGUGUCUUUUCUCUCUGGUUUUGUCGUAGAUGCUAUGAACGCUCCCGGGGGGAGAUGAUCACAAUGAUUUAUGAGAAGACAUUAACAAGAAAGGCCUUCACGUUCCCUAGCGAACACAAAGACGAGCAAGAAACUAGAAACACUGAAAACGAGGCGAAUGGAGCGAACGGACAUGGACCGCAGAAUGGCCUGGAGAGUAAACCCUCCAGAUCAUAUUGGUCGAAAGUGAAGCAGUUCUUGCCGUUUGGGAAUAACAAGAGCAAAGGCCAACGCGAGACAGUCGGAGGAAUAUCUGCGCUUCCGAACACACAUAUGUCCAAUCUGCCAGCUUCAGCAGGCAAGAUUCUGAACCUCAUGAGGAAUGAUGUGUAUGAGGUGGCCCAACGAUUCUGGGAGUUCCCCUCAAUCUUGACAAAACCAUUGAAUGUGGUCUUAUCAGUUGUUCUCGUUUGGCGGAUCCUUGGCCCCGCUUGCUUAUUGGGGCUAUUGUUCGUCAUUCUAAGCCAGUUAGUCAACUGGGGCUUCGUGAAACUCAACUUGCGUUGGGAACGAGUACGUCGUUCCGUGACGGAUACGAAGCUACAAGUGGUAUCUCAGUACGUCGAGGCCAUCCGGCAUCUUCGUUGGUACGACUGGCAAAGCAAAUGGCUUCAACAAAUCCUACAGGCCAGGCAUCGAGAGCUCAACUUGCGUGUGUUGACCUACAUGAUCACCUCGGCAAUACGAACCAUCAACCUAGGGGCUACCUAUCUCUUCCCGGUGGCAGCUUUCUACGCGUAUACUGCGAUUGAAGGCCGUCCCCUGCGAAUUGAGAUCGCCUUUCCGGCCCUUGCCCUCUUCGAUAUGUUGAGCACCAGUCUCGCGGAACUUCCAGAUCUGGUGACGGUCCUUUUGAAUGCGCACAUCGCAGUUGGUCGAAUAGAAGAGUUCAUGAGCGAACCCGACAAAGAAUCUCAUGGGCCUGCGAUUGGACCUCAAGACCUGUCAUUGGAGAUCCAUGAUGCCUCGUAUUCAUGGCCUGGUCGCGACAAAACUGUGCUAGAGCAUAUCAAUCUUACAUUUCCCGUCGGUGUUACGGUCGUGUGCGGGAAGGUUGGCCAAGGAAAGACUGCUUUACUUCAAGCCAUUCUAGGCGAGUUGGACCAUCGGAGUGGAGAAUCCUGGGUCCCUGAAGAAGAUGUCGGAUAUUGUGCCCAGACACCCUGGCUACAGAGCAUGAGCAUCCGAGAAAAUAUUCUCUUCUCGUCUGAAUAUGAUGAGCGUCGAUAUAAGCAAGUUCUCGAAGCGUGCUGCCUACUUCCCGACCUCGCAAGUUUCAAGUCUGGGGAUCUUUCCAACAUUGGGGAGAAUGGCGUCGGUCUAUCUGGGGGACAAAAGGCUCGAGUCGCAUUAGCUCGAGCAGUCUACAGCCAAGCACGAAUACUGCUGCUGGACGAUCCCAUUGCUGCACUGGACCACAAUACUGCCGAGACGAUUGUCCAGAAACUGUUGCGAGGACCUUUAUCUAAUGGCCGACUUAUCGUCUUUGUGACACAUCGCGUCGAUCUGGUCAAUCCUUUCGCGUCCCAAGUUGUGGAGAUAUCCGAUGGCCAUGCAACUAUCCUCGAUCUCGAGGAGCUUGCAGGCAAUGAGGUGUUGUUAAAGCGGAUUACGUCCACUGAUGAACCCGUGGAGUUGGACUCCGACUCGAAAGAUCAAGAAGAUGCCGCAGUUCCGGAUAAGUUUAUGGAAGAUGAACACCGAGCAACGGGUGGAGUGAUGGCCUCGGUCUACUGGGACUAUGUUAAAGCUGGAAAGCUUCGAUGGUGGGCAGUUAUUUUUAUUGCCUUCGCAUUUUACCGCAUCAUGCGACUGGGCGGCUUCUGGUAUCUCAAGGUUUGGGGUGAAGCCUACGAGCGUGGCGCCCCUUCACUAAUGAUUCAACUUACGGGAAUGAAGAGUGCUCAAGAAGGUCCGGUCUCAAAUCCUGAUGCUAGUCCGACAUCCAAUGGCCUAAACCGAUUCUUCGAUCGAUUUCCUUCUCCGGACGACAAUAUAAUGCCCUGGCUCGUUGGUUUCUUGGUCCUGUCACUCAUUCAAGUCAUUGCAUACGGAAUAUCUGGGGCCCUCAUGAUUGUUCCCAUGUACGUGUCCGGGAAGACUCUUUUCCAUCGGAUCAUGCACCGUGUCAGCAACGCAACGUUUCGAUUCUACGACGUUACUCCCGUGGGUCGUCUAAUGAACCGAUUGACGUCCGAUAUGGGUACUCUGGAUGGAGCUGUUAUCAAUCAACUGCAACUCUUCGUGUGGUACAUGUUUGCCUGGCUGACGGCUAUUGCUGUCAUUGCGGCGUCAACCCCGGUAUUUCUUGCAUUCGCCCUGGUACUGACCGGCGCCUUCAUCUACGUCUUUUUACGCUUCCUCCCGACGUCGCAAAGUCUCCGCCGGCUUGAGAUGGUGUCCCUCAGUCCAUUGAUGUCCAACUUCGGGACGUUGCUUGAGGGCCUUUCCACCGUCCGUGCCUUCAGAGCGCAGAGUCAUUUCCAGCAACGCAACAUAGCCACUGUUGAUGAGUUUCAGAAGAUGGAUCACUUCUACUGGAGCCUUCAAACUUGGUUGAUGUAUCGUUUUGAUGCUCUCUCUGCGCUGGCCACAUUCUUGCUCACGCUGCUCGCACUAUAUCAGAGAUUGUCUCCGGGCCUUACUGCUUUCGUUCUAACUGCAGCCUCGAACUUUGUCCUGUCCACUCAUGGACUGUGUAAAUGCUAUGGCCAGCUGCAGAUGGAUUUCGUAUCUGUAGAGAGGGUUAUCGAGCUUCUGAGCAUUGAACAGGAGCCUGAAGGAGAUAUUAAACCGCCCGCAUCCUGGCCGAGCUACGCUGACGAUAUCAUCUUCAAGAAUGUGUCUGUCAGGUAUGCGGCUAACUUGGAGCCCUCCUUGGAAGACAUUUCACUUCGCAUACCAGGUGGCUCGACGGUUGCGGUAGUCGGUCGGACCGGUUCUGGAAAGAGCACUUUGGCUUUGAGUCUUCUGGCCACGGUCCGGCCAGAACCGGGCGGUAGUAUCUGCAUCGGCUCGAUGGAUGUUUCCAAAGUCGACGUCCAUGCGCUACGCCAGCGUAUCAGCUUCGUGGCACAGGAUCCGGUUCUGUUCCCUGGAACUCUGCGGCAGAAUCUGGAUCCGCUCGGGGAUCAUACGGAUGAUGAGUGCUCCGAGGUGCUCCAAAAAGUGCUGGGGAAUGAGUUCACUCUGGGCUCUCACAUUGAUGGGGGCGGAAAGAAUCUGAGUCAAGGACAAAGACAACUAGUGGGACUUGGGCGAGCAGCAUUAAGGCGAAGUCCUAUAGUGAUUCUCGACGAGGCAAGUAUAUUCGCAUAUCGUGUUAGGAAAAAAUAUGUUCUAACCUUAAAGCAGGCUACAGCAUCGAUCGACAAGAAGACCGCAAUGGACAUCCAACAGAUUUUGAGGGACGAGCUAAAGCAGAGUACGGUAGUGACGAUCGCCCACCGUGUGGAGGCAGUCAAAGACGCCGAUUUCUGUAUCGUGCUGGACAAAGGUAAAGUUGCAGCAAGCGGACCGCCAGCAGAAGUCUUGAAGUCGGGCUGGGACCAAGGAGCCGCUACAGCAUAG